AUGUCGACCAAUUUUUCUUCACUUCCUGUCGUUGACGUAAGCGCUCUUGGAGCUUCAGGAGCGUCGACUCAGGACACCACAGAGUUGAGUCAGAAGCUGUACGACGUGUUUGCGACCACCGGAUUUGCUUAUCUUGUCAACGCACCGUUGAGCUUCAAUCAUGAUGAGGUUUUCGAUCUCACGCGGGAGUUUUUCGCACUACCACAGGAUCGGAAGAUGAAGCUCGCCAAGAAAUCUUUCCGUCCAGGUCACUACAACACCUACAGAGGGUAUUUCCCCACGCAGCCUCAUCUUACACCAGAUAAUCUGAAGGAAGGUUUCGAGAUAGGCAACCCUACAGCAGACCAUGGAACGAGAAUCCCUGCAAGCACGCAGAAGAUAAACAUCUCAGAACCAAACGUAUGGCCAGAUAGACAGAUCUUUUCGAAACAAGAGCGGCUCGAGGAGAUGUACAACGAGCUCCAGAGCCUUGCUUCGAAGUUGCUAUCUUUGCUUGCAGUACCACUUGGCAAAGAAACAGAUUUCUUUGACUCGUGGUUAGAUGACUCUUUGAGCACCUUGCGUCUCUUGCAUUACCCUCCAGUUACACAGACUGCGCUUCCAGGGCCUGACGAGGCCGCACGGUUAAGCUGCAGUCCACACACGGAUAGCGGCAUCCUUACCUUGCUGCAUCAAGAUACAACUGGAGGACUGGAAGUACUCAAUGCAGCUGGCGAAUGGAUUGCCGCGCCGUACAUCCCUGGCUCCAUUGUGGUCAACAUCGGAGAUUUAAUGGCUCGUGUUUCGGGAUCCCGAUUCAAGGCGACCAUGCAUCGUGUGCGUGCUCCACCACCAAAGCCAGACGCAGCAAAUGAUCGCUUCGGGCGUUUCAGUAUUCCGUUCUUCUUCGAGCCGGGAGAGGCUUGUUCUGUACCCGUAGAAGGAGAUGAAGGCCCAGUGGUCUAUGGUGAAUAUGUCCGAACGAAGAUGGCGACUUUUGUUGAAUUUCAGGAGGACAGCGGAUAUGACACAGCGAUCCGGCGCAUAUAUGAGCCCUAUUAA